AUGCCAGGAAAAGGCUCGUUUUCUAGUUUUUCACACAGUUGUGCGCCAGUGCAGUGUUUGUUGUUGUAAGCACUCGUCCAGUAGUAAUAACUAGGCUUGACUCUUAUUAACGGAGAAGGACCACAACGUUAAAAUACACACACAUUAAGAAAACAGCUAGGUUUGGAAAGUCCAGGUAAUUUAGGCAUACCAUACUACUAAACUUACAAACUCGUUUUGCGUUUUGUUGUCAAGCGAAUAACUGAAAAAAAAAAAGAAGAAUCAUUACGGCCUAGAAAGAAAAUGUCAAUAGCAUUAAACUUCUGAUGACAUUCUGAAUCCAAGUAUCUUCAUUUAAAUUAGUACGUCAGGGUUUUUGAGACGCACAUUGGCUGAUGGAGUUGAAUGAUGACAGUGGGGUGCUGAACGUCGGUGGCUCUGCCGAGGAAAACUACUUCCUCAGCUACACCUUCACGGACCGGACCCACUCGGGCCGGGUGGUGAAGAGCAUCAUGGACCUGUGCCUGGAGGACGGGCUCUUUGCUGAUGUCACCGUCUCGGUGGACGGGAAGGAGUUCCAGCUGCACAGGCUGGUGCUGUCGGCUCAGAGCUGCUUCUUCCGCUCCAUGUUCACCUCCAACCUGAAGGAGGCGUACAACCGCAGCAUCGAGCUGAAGGACGUCAGCGCCCCUGUCUUCCAGCUGCUGGUGGAUUAUAUCUACCACGGGACCAUCAAGCUGAGGGUGGAGGACUUGCAGGACACCUAUGAGAUGGCCGAUAUGUACCAGCUGACCGCGCUGUUCAAGGAGUGCUCCCGGUUCCUGGCCCGCACGGUGGAGGUGAGGAGCUGCCUGCAGGUGAUGUGGCUGGCUGAUCAGCACAGCGAUCAGGAGCUGUACACCACAGCCAAGCACUGUGCCAAGAUCCAUCUGGUGCAGCUCCACCAGACAGAGGAGUUCCUCAACCUGCCUCUCCGCCUGCUCAUCGACAUCAUCAAGGAUGGUGUUCCAAGCUCACAGAACCCGACCGUUGCAAUAGAGACAUGGAUAAACCACAGCAAAGAGGAAAGAGAGGGUUACUCUGUCAUGCUGCUGGACAGCCUUAAGGAGAUUGGUGAAAAUGUGCACAUCUACCUGAUCGGGAAGGAGGAGACGCGCACGCACUCCCUGGCCAUGUCCCUGCACUGCACGGAAGAUGAUGUCAUCAGCAUCAGUGGGCAGAACAGCCUGUGCCACCAGAUCACUGCAGCCUGCAAGCACGGGGGCGACCUGUACGUGGUUGGGGGCUCCAUCCCUCGCCGCAUGUGGAAGUGCAACAUGCAGACCAUGGACUGGGAGCGCUGCGCCCCGCUGCCCCGCGACCGGCUGCAGCACACCCUGGUUUCUGUGCCGGGGGAGGAUGCCAUCUACUCCCUGGGCGGCAAGACGCUGCAGGACAUCCUGUCCAACGCAGUGAUCUAUUACACCGUACAGGACAACAUGUGGACCGAAACCUGCCAGCUGGACACAUCUGUGUCCGGAGCAGCUGGGGUUAACCUGGGUGGCACCAUCUACCUGCUAGGUGGAGAGGAGAAUGACAUGGACUUCUUCACUAAGCCAUCACGGCUUAUCCAGUGCUUUGACACGGCAAAGCAGAAGUGCCACAUCAAGCCCUACAUGCUCCCCUUUGCCGGCUGCAUGCACGCCACCGCCCACAAGGACCUGAUUUUUAUCGUGGCCGAGGGCGACUCACUGGUGUGCUACAACCCCCUGCUGGAGAGCUUCACCCGGCUGCGCUUCCCGGAGGUGUGGAGCUGCAUACCCUCCUUCUGGAAGGUGGCAAGCUGCAACGGCUGCAUCUACGUCUUCAGGGACAAGUGCAAGAAGGGAGAUGCCAACACGCUUAAGUUCAACCCCGCCACCUCUGUCGUCUCUGUUAUCAGGGGUAUCAAAAUCCUCCUGACGAACUGGCAGUUUGUGUUGGCUUGACCCCAUCUUAAUUGUUACGCCACCAAGCUGUUUUCCUGAAUCUGGGAGCUUAGUGUGAUUUGGUGGGGAACAGUGUGUCUCACUGCUUUUGUCUGUGCAAUCCUGCUGAUGCGCUCUGUCUCUGGUGCGCAGUAAAGUCACCACUCUUGAUUCCCAAAUAUGGUCAGACACCUUGAUCUUUGCCUUAUUUGCCUUUCCAUAGCUUAGUUCUAGCAGUUUUUACUGCAAGCAUCAUGACACGUAGAUGGAAAGAAGUCUCCCAUUGCAGAGUAAUUUUAGCCAUUCCAAGUUUGCUUACUAUUGAGUAUAGAUCAUUUAUUUCCAUCCCUGUUGGUAGCUGUGCUUGUCUGGGGUGACUAAUUAAGUACAUACAACCUCAACACUUUUUGAUGCUUGGAUUACCAUAAUACUUCUGUCUAUUAUGGUAAUCCAUCAACACUAAAAUCUGAGGCUUGUAAUUCAUGUGAUAUUUAUAAUUUACCAAUUUUCAUGACGUCUCUUCUUUUGUACGCAUCAUUAGGUACUUUAUGUCAAAGUACCCAAGGCAGACCCUGUAAUAUAUAUAUAUAUAUAUAUAUACACAGUAUAUAUAUUUUUUUCUGUUUUCUCUUUCAUGACUGCCUAAUGCAUCAUUAGAGCUAAAGACAAACAAGUGGGAUUACAAUAAAGAAGCACUUCGGACACAGCUGGUUUCACUUGAAACCAAGCAGAAAACAAUUCUCUUUAUUCUUUUAAUGGCUUCUGUGAAGCGACUCACUAUCCGUAGCCUCAGAAGCCACGCAGUGAAAUUAUAGUUAAUAUACUGGAGCUGGACAACAAAAAAAAUGCCUGACAUAACACAGUCAUUAGAUAGUUAAUGGAUGAAUCGCAUGAUUGCUUUCAAUUGAGAGGGGAUUGACUCUGUUCUCUAGCAUCUAGAAUGGCCGCUUGCAGUAACCUAAUUUCCUGGUGUGAGUAAUUCAUGCAGGUUUGUAGACACGAGCUCCACCUUCUAAGAGCUACAGUUGCCCAUCCUACUGAAACUGAUUUGCAACAAGGAGAUGGAGCUUUUAUGAAUCACAGAACACACAUGGGUGUGGGAUAAUGAAAUAGUCAUGUGAGGGACAGUCCAUUUCCACAGGCGUUCCUGCUGCAUAUUUAGAGAAGCAUUUUGAGUUCUUUGUCACGUUCUUUAUGUAAUAGGAGAGAGAAAGGCUUUGACAUCACAUCGAAACGCUUGUCUAAAUGUUUAAAAGGGCGUGUUUUAUGUUAAAGGUGUUUAUUUUAUUUGUUCCCCCUAAUCAAGCUGUAGGCCUUGAAAGAACAUGUAUCGUGUAAUGUGUUAACUUAGGAAUAAAUACAGUUUUUGUCUUUCCAUUCUGAGAAAUAUUUAAAUGGGAGAAGAUGGAAUCUUUUUUUUUUAUUAUCAUGGAGUGUGUGUGACAUGCGAGUCUCAUAGUAAAAAAAAAAAUACUAUAAUUAGUUACCUUCAUGUGUGCGAUAGAAAGUCAUUCUGCUUCCCCAUGCUUAAUAAAUAUAUAUCCCUGGUUUGUUUCUCUCAUUAUGCUAUUUUUUUUUUUUUUUUUUUUUUUUCAGUUCACGACAUUACAAGAAAUGUUGUUUUUAUAUCUUAACCCGUCAGAGUAGAAAGCACACAUAAAAAUGAUGCUAACUUUCUUAUUUUUGCAGUAAGGUGGACCAAACAUGUUUACAAUUUAGACAGGUUGCAUCUGGUCAUCCAAAUGGUCAGUUUACUCUUGAUAAUUGAGUAUCUCUCAAAUGUAUUUGAAGAAAAUGUUUGAACAACUGCUCAAUUCCUUGUGUAAGGCGUUGAACUGGAAGUGAAGCAUGUUUUGUUUAGGUUAUGUUGGAAUUUAG